CACUUUAAAGGUGUUGCACAAUUUUAUUUUAGAAAGAUUAGGUGAAGAAAGAAAAAUACUCAAGGCUUGAGCCUCGAUUGUUGUGUUAUUACUGGUUGGAAGAAAGGAGACAGAUUGGCUUCAUUUGAUAAUUGCAUGAGUAGUCCAUGCACUGCCUACACUUACUAGCCACCAUAACCCUAGAGUCUAUAUAUCACCUCGUACCAAGACUUGCUGCCUAUAAAGGACACAGUGCCUGCACCGAGAGUCCACACACACACACACUGCAAGCACUCACAGUCACAAAGAGAGACAGAGAUGGCUGAUGUGCAGACCAAGAACAUGGCUGAAUCAUAUCCCGUGAAUGGUGGAAAUGGCCCCAACAGCUAUGCUCAGAAUUCCUGCUAUCAGAAAGAAGUGGUGGAUGGUGCAAAGGGUAUGAUCACUAAAGCCAUAGCAGAGAAGUUUGACAUUGGAAACCCUCUUCUUGAUUGUCCCAACCUUAUUCGUAUAGCUGAUUUUGGCUGUUCCACAGGACCUAACACAUUCAUUUCAGUGCAAAACAUCAUAGAAGCUAUAGAGCUCAAACACAAAUCCACCCAACAAAAUUCUAAAACCCUAGAAUUCCAUGUGUUCUUCAAUGAUCUCACCAGCAACGAUUUCAACACACUGUUCAUGUCCCUCCCUCCCUCGCGAGAAUACUUUGCAGCUGGAGUGCCUGGUUCUUUCCAUGGACGCGUAUUUCCCAAGGCCACACUCCACAUUGCACACUCCUCCAAUUCACUGCACUGGCUUUCUAAGAUUCCAGAAGAAGUGCUGGACAGAAACUCUCUUGCAUGGAGUGGAAAGAAAGUUCACUACACCGGCAAUGAGAAAGUACUCGAGGCAUAUUCAGCUCAGUUCAAAAAUGACAUGAAGACCUUCUUAAGUGCUAGAGCAUUAGAGAUUGUGAGUGGGGGGGUCAUUCUAUUUUUCGUAGGCGGUUGUGAGGACGGAUUCCUUGCUUCUCAGACUUGCUCCAGUAUGCAAUUCGGCCUGCUUGCAUCUUGCCUCGUGGAGAUGGCUGAGUUGGGAAUGAUCAGUGAGGAAAAAGUGGAGUCCUUCAACGUUCCCAUAUACCUUACAUCACCAAAGGAGUUGAAAGAAGUGAUAGAGACAAAUGCAGAAUUCAGCAUUGAAAGAAUGGAAAAUUUUGUUCCCUACAAGAAUCCAGAAAUGCCCGACUGUCAAAUGUUGUCGACGCAUCUUAGAGUUGUCAUAGAGGGACUCAUUUCGGAACACUUUGGCACUGAGAUUGUUGAGGGGUUGUUUGAACGCUAUACCAAGAAAAUGGAAGAGAAUUACUUUGUCUUUGACAUGAAAUACCGCCAAGAGUUUGUCAUUUUCGUCUGUCUGAAGCGAAAGUAACAGAUUGAAAGACCAAAUAGCUAGUGCUGUCCAUGCAUUUUGAUCCAAAAUAAAGAGUUAUUGAUUGUGUGUGUUUGAACUUUUGAUCAAUGCUUCUCUAUUUUAAACUUCAUUCUUGAACCCCCCAAAAAAAAAAAAAAAUUUAUUUAAUUGAACAAAACUAGAUGAAGAUACCUUGAGAACUGAAUUAAAACCUUACCCAGAUAAGAAAAAAUAAAAUAAAAAAUCUUUUUGACCUGAAUAAUUUUGUGGUACAAAUUUAAAUAAGCCAUAUCUUAAAUUUAUAAAGUUAAUGAAAGGUGAAAUCUUGACCGCGUGAGGUAGCAUAGAUUUUUUUGGUAGGUUACAUUUUUAGGGGAUUUUGACUUUGU